AUGACAAGGACAUCACGCAGCAGCAGCACGUCCGCCCUGCGCCGCCUCCUCCUCCUCCUCCUCCUCCUCUUCCUCCUCCUCCUCCUCCUCACCCUCCUCCUCCCUCCUCCUCCUCACCCUCCUCCCCCUCCUCCUCCUCUUCCUCCUCCUCACCCUCCUCCUCCUCCUCCUCACCCUCCUCCUCCUCCUCCUCCUCACCCUCCUCCCCCUCCUCCUCCUCUUCCUCCUCCUCACCCUCCUCCUCCUCCUCCUCACCCUCCUCCCCCUCCUCCUCCUCCUCCUCCUCCUCACCCUCCUCCUCCUCCUCCCCCUCCUCCUCCUGACUCCUCCUCCUCCUCCCCCUCCCCCUCCCCCUCCUCCCCCUCCUCCUCCUCCUCCUCCUCCUCCUCCUCCUCCCCCUCCUCCUCCCCCUCCUCCUCCUCCUCCUCCUCCUCCUCCGCAGCUCUGUCAAUGGCCGCUGUCGUCUGA